UCUCAUUGAGAACCGAUAAGGCAAUGGGGGCCACCAUCCAAUCCUCCAAAUCAGUAGACAAACAAUCGUUCAGCGCGAUGCACCUGCUGCUCCUCCUCUGUGUUCCACUGGUUCUGGGCGACGUUCUGCCCCUGGAACCCGAUUUGGACGACAUUCAGUUGACCAUCAGACGGAGUGCCAAUCGCGGGGACAAACUCCAGGUGUUCCAGAGCAUCUGGGGCGCCAUUCGCUCCGACUUCGCCACGGACACGGACAAGGUCAAGGGCCUGUACAGCCAGCUGGGCCUCUUCAUCCGCGAUGAGAUGCAGUGCACCAGUGGGGCCACGGGUCGGUCCGCCUGCGAGCUGCAGCAGGAGGUAAGACGCCACCUGAGGAGCCUCAUGGCCCAGCGGCUGGCCAAUCUCCUGAACGCCGAGGAGAGCAUCCAGAUGUAUGGCAUGUAUAUAGCGGCCAGCGUUGAGCCCGCCCUGGUCAGGGAUAUCCUGGUUCAUGCCAUCGAGGAUGUGUACUUCUAUCGGCCACCGGAUAAGCUGGUCCAGCAGCUGGAGCAACUCUUCGCAGAUCGCGAUGAGGUGAGCUUCCGGAUGAUGAUCGAGGCGGAGCUGGUGCUGUUCUGGCGAUAUCAGGCCAUGCAGGACAGCAGCGAGGCGUUCCUCUUUAACAUGGCCCAUAUGGUCAGCAAGAUAAGGACCCAUCACAUGUACGCCAGCGUAGAUGCGGGUCUCCAGAAGCGAGUGGAGGCGCUGGGCAAGAACCUGCCACCCGUACUGGCUCUGCUCUUCCAUCCACAGGGCUUCUGUCUGCUGAGUCGCUCCGAUCGCGAGUACAUAUACACCACGAUAACAGAUGAAUGGAACUAUGGGCUCAAUGGCAGACAGGUCUUCGCCUGGCACGAGCAGAACUACACCGAUUCCGCCGGACUGAUACGCGCCUUUGUCCAGGAGCAGCACUCCUCGCCGGUCUUCACGCUGCGCGGUGAGCUCUUCAAGUGGUACUUCUUUGUGGAUCCCUCCGAUGGCAAUCGAUUGGGGGCCCUGCGGUCCGGCAGUCCCAGUUCGUCGACCAGUUUCUGGACCAUCGCCUACGUGGAGGACGCCCUCAUCUUCCGGCAGCGCGAUCUCACGCUCUGCGCCGCCGAAAAGCACGACGACGAUCGCCGGCUGGUGAAGAUGCUGCCUGGACAGAUGCACACGCCUCCAUCGGAGGCUUGUCAGUGGCUGCCGAUCAAUUGCGCUCCUCCGAAAUGAGCGAGAUGGCAGUAGUUUGCGUACCCUAAUCUAUAUCGAUUGUAUUUAAUGGAAAUAAAGACACAUGAUCUUGUACAAUUAA